AUGUCGCUCCUCCGCACCGCCGCCGCCGGCGCAUCGCGCUCCGCCAGGACAGCGGCCGCCGUCGCACCGCUGCGCACCUUCUCCACCUCGUCGUCCCGCCUCAUCCAGCCCCAGUCCGAAAAGGACCCGCAGCUCGGCGACUACCCGGACCUGCCCUACAUCAGCCUUCAGACCCGCAAAUACUCGCCCAAGUGGUGGGACCCGCAAGAGAAGAGGAACUUUGGCGAGACUCCGCACGAGCAAGACGACGCCCUCUCCGUCUGGGCCCCCGACAUUCACGCGACGCCCGCCAGCUCGGCGCUCCGGCAGUUCCUCGUGGCCGUCGGUGUCGUUGUCCUUUUCGGCUCGACAGUCUACGCCGCCACGCCCGAGAAGCCUGCGCUGCCAAGGACCUACCCUCGUGAUGGUCUGGCGGCGGAGCUCGGAGGCUCGCAGGUCGCGGCACCUGUCGAGGGCGCUUUCAGCAAGUCGGGCGACGACGAAGAGGAGGAGGACGAUGACUAG